AAAAAUUUGAUGAGUUUGGAGGGUUUUGAUUGGUUGAAUUGAUGUAAAUGCAGAGAGCUAUCCAUAUUUAUGAUUACAUGACCAAUAAGAAUGCACCAAACUCAUAGAUGUUAGCGCUUAUUGUGUGCCCAUGGGCACACCAUAGAAAAACCGUUAGUAUAUAUACAUCUCCCUCUGUCCCUUCUGUAAAAUAUACAUCUCUCUCGCUCUCUCCCUCCCUCCCUCCCCCCUCUCCCUCUCCCUCCCUCCCUCUCUCUCUCUCUCUCUCCCCCUCCCUCUGUCUCUCUCUUGAAAAUAGAUGGCAGAACUGAAACAUUUUUUUCAUGAGCAUAAGCUGAUACUGAAUGAAGCUGAGCCUGUUAUCGGUAAGGAAGUAGAAUGUGUUGGGUGCAGACGGCCAAUAAACAAACUCAUAGACGCGUUUUAUAAGUGCAACAAUUCCCUUAUUGAUAGCAGUCCAUCGAGUGAUUGUGUUGGUUUCUAUAUGCAUAAAACUUGUUCUGAGUUGCCCUCAACUUUUACACGCCCUUUGUUCCCAAAACAACCUCUAAGCCUCUUUGCGCUUCCAUAUAGAAAACAAAACUUUUUUCCUUGCGAUGCUUGUGAUAGCGAAUCUCAGUGCUUUAUGUAUUGUUCUGAGUCUUCUGCCAAUUGGACCAAUUCCGAAUUUCUUGUUUGUUUGAAAUGUGUAAUAUCAGAACUUAAAUCUCAAGAGGAACGAAACCGUUAUCAUCCGGGUCAUGAUCACCCAUUAACCUUAGUCCAAAGCCCAGCUUUGUUCCUGUGUCAUGCUUGUAACACUACAGCGACAGACUAGUCCUAUAUUUGUACAAGAUGUCCUUUCUGGAUACACAAGAGUUGUGCCAAUGCACCCAUCACCUACCAAAGUAAAUUUCACAAUGAGCACGUUCUCAUCUUGAACUACUCUCUUCCCCAACAAUUUCGUCAAUUUACCUGUUUCUGCAGCAUCUGCGAUGAAAAUAUAAAUCCCAUCGACUGGGUUUAUAUUUGUGCAAAUUGCAGAUUUUUUGCUCACGUGAAAUGUGCUUCAUCAACUUUGAUCGUAAAUGAUAUGAAUGAUGAAGCAGAUUGGGGACAUUCCAAUUUGAUGCACUUCCCUGCACAUGAUGAAGCAUCACUACAUAAAGCGAUGCAGCAAUGUAUCAUGAAGGUAGCAAAUGCUCACCAGCAUGAUUCUGCCAUUGCGGAACCUUCACCUUAUAUCAAGCAUUGGGCCCAUAGGCACCAGCUGGCACUUAGAAACAAGAACGCGACAACUUCAACCCCUAACUUGAGCUGUAAAUUAGCGGAAACUGAAAUUCUAAUCUGCGAUGGGUGCAUUAAACCAAUAUCCUUGCUUGAUGAAUUAUUCUAUGAAUGCAAUUCAUGCAAUUUUUUUCUCCACAGAUCAUGCUCUCAGUUUCCAGAAGAGUUUGAGCAUCAUCUAGCAGGCAAGCUGGGGAGAGAAUUUGGACGAGAAGACCAUGAACUCGACGGUCUCCAUUGCAAAGCUGGUUGCGGACUUGUUGGUAAUGGGAUUUUCAUGACCAAUAAAACAGCCAGUCUAGACAUCUGCUGUGCUUCACUACCGAGAAUGAUCAAACAUGAAGCUCAUCGUCACCCUCUUAGCCAAUUAAAGAAUCCAGAUGACUUUUUUUGUAAAGCAUGUCUGGAUCAACCCGAAACAAAUGAAGAAACUAUCAUGUAUGGAUGUGAAAGAUGCAAAUUCUACUUCCAUAUAGGGUGUGUGAUAAGACCACAUCUGAUGAAUCAUAGAUGGGAUCCUCAUCCUCUUUACUUGAUUCUCUCUCCCAAGAAUGUAGCGGAUCAUCCUCAUGAAUUCGAGUGUGAACUAUGCUCCUUACAGAUAAAUCCAAGCAGUUGGUUUUAUCACUGCAAUAUAUGUGAUCUAUCAUUUCAUACCGACUGUAUUGAUCCAGAUGAUUGGCUCUCCAAUAUCAAGUUUGGUGCUAACGACAUUUACAGCGACAAACAUCCUCAUCCACACGGCCUCACGUUUAUUUUCAAUAAAAAGAAGAGAAAUUGCAAUUUAUGUGGCAAAGAUGCACGCGAUAUGCUAGCUCUGGAGUGUUCACCAUGCAAAUAUUUGGUGCAUGAAGAAUGUUUUGAUGAAGAUUGAAAUCAGGCAAAAAUCAGAUAUUGGACUUCUGAAUUGUAUAGGUGCAGGAAAGUUACAAACCUAUCGUGCUUGUUCCAAUCGAAUAACAAAUAUUUUUUUUAUCGAUAAUACCGACCUUGUAACAAGACCGACAAAUCAAAUCUUGUCAAAGAUAAUACGAGUUUUUGUCAUUUUUUUUCUAUAGGGUUUUUGGGUUUAUUUCUUGAUUUACUAUCUUCUGCACAGGCUGGCUGUAGUAGCGUAGGCUAUUAUAUUCUGCAGAGACAGGCUGUAAUAACAUAGACUGUUUGGCUAAAUUCUAAAUAAGUUACUUGC